AUGGGUUGGGAUGCGAUGCGAUGCGAUGGAGAUAGAGAUGGGGAUUGGGAUGGGGAUGGGAUGGGGGAUGGAUGCGAGGCGGGCGGGAGGAGCCUGGCCUGGCGUGACAGGCCAUGGCCAUGGAUAUUAGGGGGUACAGGGAAGUACGGAGUAGCGAGAUGGCAGUUAAGGGAUAAGGAGAAAUGUUGGAUGCUGGACGGUUACUGGUUGAUAAGGAAGACGACUACCACCACCACCACUACUACUACAAAGGUUGGUGGUGGCCUUGAGGUUGGAUAA